AUGGCCAACCCCAUCGACAAACGCUUCCAUCAGCUGACCCUAGCUAUACAAAAAGCUAUCAAUUCAAUCGAGACCCCAGUUAAGGAGAAACAUGUCCGUAGUACGAUCAUUGGAACCUUCCAAGAACAGAGCGCGGUCACCUAUUGGAUGGUGGCCAUACGCCAGCCGUUGCAGGACAACCGCAUCGUCGCGUGGAAGUUCUGCCACGUGACGCACAAGUUGCUCCGCGAGGGCCACCCCGCCUGUUUGGACGACUCGCAACGCCACAUCGGCAUGAUCGAGAACCUCGGCAAACUGUGGGUGCACUUGCGCGAGGGCUACGGCCGCCUCAUCCACUUGUACUGCGGUCUACUCGUCUGCAAGCUCAAGUUCCACAGCCGCAACCCUCGCUUCCCCGGCAACAUGCAACUUACCGCCGACGAGCUUGACGCCAUAGCCGAGAAUGACGUGAACAACUAUUUCCAGCUAUGCGUCGAACUAUUUGACUACAUGGACGACAUUCUGAACCUACAAGCAGCAGUGUUCGAGAGCCUGGGCAACGCGCGCGCCAACUCGAUGACGGCGAGCGGCCAGUGCCGGCUCGCGGCGCUCAUCCCGUGCGCGCAGGACUCCUCGCACAUAUACGACUGCAACGUGCGCCUGCUGUUCCGGCUGCACGCGUCGCUGCCCGCGGACACGCUCGCCGGCCACCGGGAGAGGUUCCGGCAGCAGUUUAAGAAGCUGAGCUCUUUCUACAAGCAUGCGAGCAGUCUCCAAUACUACAGAAACCUCCUGACACUGCCCGUUUUACCUUCGAACCCACCAAACUUCCUUUUGCAGAGCGACUUUGGCACGUACGUGGCGCCAGUGGUGUCGAUUCCCGAGCCGCCCCCAGACGAAGUGGACUCUGUGGGCUCGCUGAUAGACACCUCGGAUACCACAAGUCAGAUAUCCCACUCAGAGAUAUUGGAGUGUUCGGAUGUCCGAGCCACGCCCUCGCCUCAGCCCGACCCCGUGGUGGAACGCGACCGCCUCAUCGACCACCUGCAGAACGAGCUCAAGCGAAUGCGAACCGAGGUGUCGCAGCUGGUGCAAGAGCGCAACACGAUGCUUGGCUCUAUGCGGGAGCACUGUACGCGCCUAGAAUCGCAACUCCAAGCGACACUGUCGGAGUUGGAGGAAGAGAGGCAGAAAACAGAAAUUUUGUCCGCAGAGGCGCCAGGAAUCAAACAAAAAUUGGUGGAAACCGAGGACAAGGCGAAGGUGAUAGACGAAAAGUUUCAAAAGCUCAAAGGGGCCUACACGCAGCUACGCGAAGAGCACAUAACUCUCAUAAGACAGAAAGCGGAAGUGGACAAAAUGGCGUCGAGUCUACGUGCGGCCGCGGCCCAGCACGAGAGUGCCAAAACGAUGCUUCAGCAACAGCUCAACGAUAGGAUGAAAGACGUAGAACUCCUGCAACAAAGCGCUUCGUCGAGUGAAGAGAUAGAGGCAUACAAAAAUGAGAUUUCCAAUUUACGGACUGAACUAGAGAUCGCCAGGCAAAAGGAACUAGAGUUAGAAAGCUUAAGAGCGGCAAUGGAGACGUUAGAAAUUGAACACAAGACCGCGACGACGGAACAACAGGAGAAAGUUAUAUCAUUAGCGAACGAAUUGAAAGAGGCCACGGAAAACCUCGAGAGGGUGCAUAAAGAGAAGGAAGAGAAGGAAACGGAAUUAAAUAAAACUAAGGAAGAACUUAAACAGAUAGCACAGACUAAAGGGGAAGAGUUUAAAACAGUACUGGAAGAAAAGGAGACAGCCAUACGAGAGAUAGCAGAAUUAAAGCAGCAGUAUCAGUUGGAGAAAGAGACAUCUUAUAGUGAAUUUGAAAAUUUUAAAAUGGAUUACGAAGAAAGAUAUGAAAAUCAGUGCGUAGAAAUCAAUUGCCUCCAGCAAAAAAUUGAUGAACUUGUUCAAAGUAAAUCCAAUGCUGACAAUCGUAUUGAGCAUUUAGAAAUAGAUAUAAGUGAUUUAAAAAACGAGUUAGAAAAAGAAAGAACUGCUAAAGUUGAAUGUGAAAACGCUUUAAUUGUAAAAGAUCUUGAUAUUUACAAUCUAGAGGUUAGACUAAAGGAAAUUGAGUGCAAUAAUAACGUUAUUUUGAGGGAAUUGGAAAGUAAAAAGGAAGAAAUUCUUGCUUUUGAAUCUAAGCUCAUUACCAUUGUUAAAGAGAAGGAAAUUGAAGUUGACAAUUUACAAAAAUUGCUUAGAGAAAAGUCUGAUCUCUCUGAGACACAGACUAGUCACAGUGAAAGUUUAUUAAAUAAAGUCACUGAAUUGGAGUUAACUGUUAUUACCAAAGAUAAAACUAUUAAGGACAUUAGUUCAGAACUCAAUGAUAUUUCUGUUUGCCUUGAUAAAGAGAGAAAAGAAUUUGAAACUUAUCGGGACAAAAGUAAAAUGGAAGUGAUUUUACUGGAGGAAAAAUUGCGACAUGUUACUAACUCCAAAGAUGAGCUUAUUGCAAAUCUUAAAGAAAUUAUUGUCGAGAAGGAUAAACAAGUAAUAUCGCUAAAUGUUGAAGUGAAUAAGUUGUCAAACGAAGUAUCAAACCUCACUGACGAAUUAAAAGAGACCAGUGCCGAAUUAGAGAUAGGAAAUAAUGAGUUGCUUACCCUAAAAGAGGAACACGAAAAUUCUAUAUCUAUAAAUGAUGCUAAUUUAGCAUUGAAAAACGAUGAAUUACGAACUCUUAAUGGUGAAAUUGUUAAAUUACGCUCUGAGAAAGAACAAAUUCAAGUAGAAUACGAACGUAAAAUUUUGGAAUUAACUACGGAAAAACAGGCAUUAGCAAACAAUGUAGACGAAAUGGAAAGAACAAUAGCAGCAUUAAAUAUCAGAAUCAGUACAAUUGAAGAAGAGAAAAUUGUAAAUGAUAAUAAAUGGAGUGCUGAAAUAGACAAUUUGAAACAAAAAUUAGCAGAAGUAAUAAAUGUUAAAAAUACAGAACUUCAUGAAAUCGAACAUAAAAUGAAGUCUUAUGUGCAGUUUCUUCAUAACAAAGAAGUAACUUUGGACUUAGUACAGAAAGAAAGAGAUACAUUAAAAAUUCAGAUUUCCGAGUUGGAAGCGUCGAAAAGUAAAGAAAAGGAGGAUAUGGAGUUAUUAAUAUCAGAGAAAGAAAAAGAAAGCCAGAUAGUGAACGCUAGGCUCGAGCACACAGAGACUGAGCGUUUGAACGCCGAGUGUGAAUUGCAGGACCUGUUGCAACACAACACCGUGCUAGAGGCGGACGUUGCAUCGCUAAAAGCUCAGCUGCAAGACGCGCAGGCGGAAAUAAAGCGACAAACAUCUAGAUUAGUGACGUGCGCCGGCGAAGCGGCGCUAGAGUUGACCAACGAAGCGCUAGAGUCGUUCGAGCACUCCAGUGUCCGGGACACCAAUCGCCUCGCGGCCGAACUAGCGGCGAAGGCCUUCGACGAACUCGCCAAAAGUACACAGAUCACCGGCAACGAGGAAGCUGUGGCGAAAUCAGCCGUAUUCGCCGCACACAACACAUCGCGGCUGUCCGCCUACAUCAUGGACCUUUGCAACGUAUCCACGGACAUGGAAGCGUCGGAGAAGUUGAGCGGCGAGUGCCGCUCGAUGCUGUCCGCGACGCGGCUCUGCCUCGAGUCGCUGGCGGCGGGGCGGCUGGAGGGCGGGGCGUGGGAGGAGGCGCGGGGCAGGGUGUGCGCGGCGGCCGAGGGCGCCGCGGCGGCGGACCGCGAGCCGGCCGCGCGCAGCGUCGACGACGAGCUCGCCAGCAUGGACAGCGCCAUAGAGCAGGCGGCCGCCCAGAUCGAGGAGAUGCUCGCCGCCAGCCGCGCGGCCGACUCGGGCGUGAAGCUGGAGGUGAACGAGAAGAUCCUGGACGCGUGCACGACGCUCAUGGGCGCGGUGAAGGUGCUGGUGCAGGACGCGAGGAGGCUGCAGAACGAGCUCGGCGAGCCGAAGACCCGCCAGAAGAUGUACCGGCGCAACCCCCAGUGGUCGGAGGGGCUCAUCUCCGCCGCCAAGGCGGUCGUCUUCGCCGCCAAGCAGCUCGUUUCGUCCGCGGACGAGGCGGUGCGCGGCCGCGGGCGCGUGGAGGGCGUGUCGGCGGCGACGCACGAGGUGGCCGGCAGCACCGCGCAGCUGGUGGCCGCGUCGCGGGCGCGAGCUCCGCCCUCGGCGCCGUCCCUGGCGCGACUGACGGCCGCCUCGCGGCAGGUGGCCGCCGCGGCGGGCGCCGUGCUGGCCGCUACGCGGCACGCGGCCGACCUCGUGCGCGACACCGAGGCUCUCGACACGUCCGCAUUGACGCUGACGGCGACCAGGCGCCUAGAAAUGGAGAGCUUGGUGCGCUCUCUCGAGCUGGAGACCGCUCUGGAGGCCGAACGGGCCCGUCUAUCGGAGCUCAGGAAGCGGCAUUACCACUUGGCGCAGCAGGAAGAGAAUGGGGGCAUGACAAAUGGCAAGGAG